AUGUCCCACAGAUGCCUGCGGCUGCCGGUCGGUCGGCCGGUUGGUCGGCAGGCAGCAGCUCGGCCGCAUCUUGCCGCAUUACAGAGGAGGAGGAGGCGGGAGCCGGCUGUUGCCUGGCAACAGAGGCAGCAGGGUCAUCGCCUGCCCCUGAGCCCCUGGGAGAGCCGCAUCGUGGAGCGACUCAUGACGCCAACGCUGUCCUUUCUGAACCGAAGCCGCAGCGCCGCCACCCUGCUGGGGGGGGGCCGACCCAGUGCCUCCGGGCCCCGGAAACGCCCGCCGUCCCCCGCUGCGCCCCGGCGCCGUCCCCUCUCCCCCCUGGUGCCGGCCGCCGCCUCCAGGACGCCGGCGGGCGGGAAGAUGCCUCCCGCUCCCACCGGAACCAGGACCCGGCCCAAACGGGCCCAGACGCCCGCCAGGGUGCAGCCUCAGGCGGUGGCGCCGGUCGCCGUGGAAACCGGGCCCGAGCCGGACCGGGCCGAAGCCCCCCAGGAGAGGAGGGAACCAGAACCGGGACCCGUUCCGGCCAUCGUGGUGUCCGCCGCCCCGCUGACUCCGCCCUCCAUCAGCCCGGCGCCGAGCGGCGAGCCGGCCGGACCCGCCCCGGCGGCACCAGCAGCACCAGUGGUACCAGCAGCACCAGCGGUACCGGCGGCGGCGGCCUACAAGCCGUCAGCAGGUACCACCGACCCGGAAGAGGCGGCCCGGGUUCUGGCAGAGAGGCGGCGCCAGGCCCGGGAGCAGCGGGAGAAGGAGGAGCAGGACCGGCUGGAGCAGGAGCACCGCAACAGGUUGGUGCCGACCCGCAAGUCCAGAACCACAAACCGGGCCGGGGAGGCCGGAGAGUCUGAGCCCGACCGGGCGCGCUUCAUGGCCGAGCAGCAGCGGCUGAGAGACGAAGCCCAGCGAGCUGAGGAGGAACAGCGGACCAGAGCCGAGGAGGAGGACAACGCCAGGCUGCAGAAGCAGAGGGACGAGGCCGAGGCCAAAGCCCGAGAGGAGGCCGAGCGGCAGCGGCUGGAGAGGGAGAAGCACUUCCAGAAGGAGGAGCAGGAGCGGCUGGAGAGGAAGAAGCGCUUGGAGGAGAUCAUGAAGAGGACCCGGAAGAGCGACGCCAGCGAGAAGGUGAGCUGGACCAAGAGUCUUGGGGGUCCAUGGAGUCUGGGGGCUCUUGGGGGUCCAUGGGGUCUGAUGCUGGUUCUCCUCCACAGAAGGACGUCAGAGCGCCUGCACAGGUCAACGGCUCCGAGCUCAGCCAGGGUCAGUUCUGCCCCGGGGAACCUCCAGGCCGCGGCCCCCCUGGUAGUUAAUGGCGUGCAGCCCAGCUCGCACCAGAACGGCGCCCUGGAGGGGCGGGGCCAGCAGGGCGGGCGCGGCGGCGAGCCCCGGCUGCCGUUUGAGGGGGCGGAGCCUUUCCUGAUGAAGAGCAGCCCCAUGAAGCCCCAGCACGUCGCAGGCGGUCCGGAUGGCUCAGAACCUGAACCGCUGAUGAUGAUGAUGCUCCCCAUCUUCAUCUUGCUGCAGUACCCCUCAGACGGUCUCAAACAGGCUGAUCCACCCUCCAAACGGGUCACAUGA